AUGACUUAUAACCAGCUGGAAAUAAACCUCGACCAUGAUGAUCUGGAAACGGAUUUUGACCAAUGUUGUGAUCGUGAUCUCACUUAUCCUUUUAUCCCAUUCCAAAUCAAGAGAGCAUGGUUUUCAACCAAAUUAGACGCCAGUUUCAGAGAUGAAGCCGAUGGCAGUGGGGGCGUGGUGACUCCCAUUAAGAGCUUCCUGCAUGCCGUAUUCUGGUUGCUCCUCUUCAUGUGUUUCGGCAAGAAACUUGAAGACGACGUAGUCUUGAAAAUCGAGACCGUGUUGCAUGACCUUACUUUGCGCUAUCCGCUGUCCAAUCUCCUGAGCAUCUUCCCCAGAAUCACCAAAAUCCUCUUCCCGCGGCCAUGUGGCGAACUGCUCGAGCUCAGGCGCAGGCGGGAGGAGGUAAUCCUGCGCCUCAUAAGAGACUGCAGAGCAGCUGGCAGGAAGCCGACGAUCUCUUCUAUCGAUUCCCUUCUCAGUCUCGAACUCCCCGAUGGCCGGAAACUUGAGGACAAGGAGAUCCUAGUGCUCUGCGCGGAGUUCCUCAAUGGAGGAAAUGCCACGACGUCAACAACACCCCAGUGGGUGAUGGCGAACUUGGUCAAGAACCCUGGGAUUCAGGCGAAGCUCCACGAAGAGGUAAGCAGCGUCGUCGGCGAACGUGCGGAGGUGAAUGAAGACGACCUAACAUGGAUGCCUUACCUAAAGGCAGUGGCCAUGGAGACACUAAGGAGGCACCCACCGAGCCAUUUGAUGUUGAACCACACGGCGAUGGAUGAGGACGAGACUCUUGGCGGGCAUGCCAUACCGGUGAAGGCAUUGAUCAACUUCAUGGCAAGGGAGAUGGGGUUGGAAGAGAAGGUAUGGAAGGAGCCGCUGGAGUUCAGGCCGGAGAGGUUCCUGCCGGGAGGCGAGGGGGAAGAGGUGGACAUCACGAGGAGCAAAAAGAAGAUGUCUCUUUGGUGCAGGAAGAAGGAUCUUCCCUGGCAAUGAGUGGCCAUGCUGCACCUCCAAUACCUGGUGGCCAAUUUGGUUCGCGAGUUCGAGUGGUCGGUUCCUCGUGGUGAUGGUGGGGAGGUGGACUUGACUGAAAAUUGGGAGUUCACUGUUGUAAUGAAAACCCCUUUAAAAGUUCGCAGAUUUAAAGGAAAU